AUGGCUGGCUCCACUCAUGUUGCUGAAUUUAUUGCCUUCCGAUUCGUUGCUGGAGCGUCCUCAUGGAGCAGUCUGGCUGCAGUGCCGAUCUUGAUCAGCGAAAUUGUACCUGCUAAUAUACGAGGCGCUAUGGUCGACUUUCACGCAACUAUGUGUGUAGUUGGCUACAUGGCCUCGGGCUGGGUAGGGUUUGGCUUCUACUUUUGGACGACGACCGGAGGGUCUAACACGUGGCGACCAGUUAUCGCUAUUCAAUGUUUUUGGCCCCUUUGCCUCUUGGUGGGCCUUCUGUUCGUCCCAGAAAGCCCGAGGUGGCUAAUGAUGAAAGGACGAGAUGUUGAGGCUGAAACAAUAUUGUUCAAACUGCAUGCAAAUCCAAAGGACCCCCGUAGCGGUGACGCUGCGAAGGCGGAAUUCUACCAGAUCCAGAAACAGGUUGCUCUCGACAGAACCUUAGGAAACUCCUGGCUCCAUAUCCUCACCAAGCCCUCCUAUCGAAAGAGGUUACUUUUGGCCGUGACGAUGACCGGAAUUUCUCAAUGCUCUGGUGUUCUAGUCAUCAACAACUACGGACCUUUGCUUUACAGAUCAUUGGGCUUCUCUCCGGCCAAGCAACUCAUCUACCCUGCCGGCUGGAAUACUUUAUCUGUUGGUCUCAAUAUUAUCGGCAUGAUCUUGGUAGAUCGCUUUCCGAGACCGAAAUAUCUUGCUUUUGGUCUUCUAGGGUGCACAGCCUGCCUGAUCGUUGAAGCAGCUCUAGUCGCCAACUUUGUCCCGUCAGACAAGAAGGUAGCGUUGCAGGCAGCCGUGGCAAUGUUCUUCGUCUUCCUGGUCUUCUACGAUGUCUGUAUCAACGGGACCUUUUUGUCGUAUAUGGGCGAAAUCUUUCCAACCCACCUUCGUGCAAAGGGAAUGUGUGCGGGUGUCGCGAUGGUCGCGCUCAUGAACAUUGUAUGGCUCCAGAGCGCCCCAACCGCGUUUGCUACAAUCGGGUGGAAGUUUUACUUGUGCUUCAUCAUUUCUAGCACAAUAGGGGCGGUGGUUAUAUGGAUCCUCUUCCCGGAUACGAAUGGCCUGCCAUUGGAGGAGGUAGCCGCGAUUUUCGGAGAUGCCGAUGAGGUCGCUGUUUACCAACGAGACAUUCAAGACAACUUCACACUAUCAACAGACGUGAAUCGACAGAACACUCUCAAGGGUCCGCAUACCACCGGCAAUCAAGGUGAGGUUAUUCAUCUCGAAACCUGUGAAGACGUGACAGCAUCAGCUGUAAACUAG